AGACACCACAAAGCAAAUCAGCAAUGGCGGGGGAGAAGGAGGAGGGUCUGCAGCUGCUGGACUUGUGGGUGAGCCCGUUCGCGCAGCGCUGCCGCAUCGCGCUGGCGGAGAAAGGCCUGGCGUACGAGCCCCUGGAGCAGGACCUCUCCAACAAGGGCGACCUCCUCCUCCGCGCCAACCCCGUCCACAAGAAGGUCCCCGUGCUCCUCCACGGCGGCCGCCCCGUCUGCGAGUCCCUCGUCAUCCUCCAAUACCUCGACGAGGCGUUCCCGGAGACCCCCGCCCUGCUCCCCUCCGAUCCGCACGCGCGCGCGCACGCCAGGUUCUGGGCGGACUACGCGGACUGGAAGGUGUUCGAGUGCGGGACCCGGCUGUGGAAGCGCAAGGCGGGGUCGGAGCUGCAGCUGCAGGCGCGGAGGGAGAUGGUGGAGGCCCUGCGGAUCCUGGAGGCCGAGCUCGGGGACAAGCCCUACCUCGCCGGCGAGGCGUUCGGGUUCGUCGACCUCGCCAUCGUCCCGUUCGCGGCGUGGUUCCUCGGCUACGGGCGCCUCGGGGAGUUCAGCGUCGAGGAGGUGUGCCCGAGACUGGCGGCGUGGGGGGAGCGGUGCGGCGAGAGGGAGAGCGUUGCCAGGAGCCUGCACCCGCCGGAGAAGGUGUACGAGUUCAUCGGCUAUCUCAAGGACAAGUACGGUGACAAGUAGUAGAGCGACGACGGAUCCGUCACGAUGCAAGUCGAUGGUUUCUUUCUUGAUUUGGUGUUGUGGUUGGUUAUUGUUCAUCGAUUUGGUUAGAGUCCGCGAAGACGGGACGGCAGCACCAAAUGUCCAAGCUAGUUUGCCUCUACUCUCCAUGUGUGCUGGAACUGAAUAAAGGAUCUUCGUCAGUGCUCUGUUCUUGUGGUUGGCCAUUGUUCAUCGUUAGGUUGAGUAUGCAAUUCUUUUAUUUUUUGUUGCGAAAUUAGGUUGAGUAUGUUCGUGCGUGCAAAAGCUGACUGAACAAAUUAAGGAUUUUUGGCUGCAUA